GUGACUUUCGCUAGGCGUAUUUAUUUUGUAACCUAUGAAUCAACUAGACCUACACUUGUUGCCAUUGUGAGUCCUAUAGAGCUGUCGUGAUGGUAAAAGAGAAGGCGGAUGAUGAUGGCUACGCCGUCCUCGCACGAUCGGAUGUGGAAGCAGCUCCGGCGGAAAACAGUGGCAAGGCCGCUGCUCACGCCAAGCCACCGCGGAAUCAGACGGCCUUUUUUGCAGCUUUAGCUAUCGGGUCCAUAGCCUCUGCUCUCGGCUUUUCCACGCUCCAAGAGAAGGUAUUCAACAUCGAGGGCUUCCAGUACGGCGGCUGGAUGACCUUCAUCACCUACCUCACCUACUCCGCCUGCGGGCUGGCGGAGUCGCUUGUUACACGCAGCUUUAAGCGCCACGCCAGCCUUAGGGAUUACGCACUGGUUUCGGUGCUUGCGAUGGGCGGCGCCUACUUCACCAACUGGGCGCUCAACUACCUGAACUACACCACCCGCAUCGUGUUCAAGUCGUGCAGGGUCAUACCCGUCAUGGCGUUCAGGAGCCUGGUCGUGGGUCAGCGGUACAGUGCAGUACAGUACGGCGCGGGCGGGUUGCUUGUAGCGGGCAUCACGUUGUUCACGGCGGGGGACGCGGAGGGGGCGCCCAACUUCAGCGGAGUGGGGGUGGGCCUCAUCGCACUGGCGCUGCUGUGUGACGCGCUGACCGCCAACCUGGAGGAGCGGCAGUUCUUCCGCAUCCGCACCCCCGCAUCGCACGCGGAGGUGAUGACCUUCCUCUCGCUCUUCGCGGCGGUGGAGGCGUUUGCGGUGCUGUGCGCCACAGGCGAGCUGCCUGCCGCGCUGGCCCACUCCUCCGCGCACCGCGAGACCGUCCCCACCAUCUGCGCCUUCUCGCUGCUGGGCUACGUGACGGUGUGUCUGGUGCUGCUCAUCAUCAAGCACUUUGGGGCCACCAACGCAGAGGUGGUCAAGUCCAUGCGAAAGGUGUGCCAGGUCAUCCUCUCCUUUGUGGUGUUCCCCAAGCCGCUGAGCUGGAAGUACCUGGCGGGUGGGGCGCUGGUGGCGGUGGCGCUGUACGCGCUGCAGCGGACCGGGAAGAAGCCGCAGGGGGAGCGGGAGAAGGAGAAGGAGCGG